GAUGCUGCUGAUUCAAUCCUGGAACUGAUACGGCAAGAAAAAAUCCCACCUUCAUACAAAGAGAAAGCAGAAGAAUACGUGAAACGUGCUGAAAUAAUCAGAUCACAAAGUGCAUCGAAGAAAUCGGACAACAUCAAAAGUCAACAGCAGCUUAAUCUUGAACGUGCCGAGUUUUUGUUAUAUCAAGCAUUGGAUCAGGAUGAAGCGGGAAAUACCGGCGAAGCCAUCAUGUUGUAUUCUUUGGCCACUGAGCUGUGCAUCAAUAGUUCGAACGCAUCCUCUGAUGCUGCGAUGGCUGGAAAAUUGCGUCAGUUGGCUAAAAAGGCUUUGGAUCGGGCAGAAGUCCUGAAAACUCAGGAGAAGCAAAAGGAAAGUCCUAGCUUAGAAUUACCUGAACCUCCUGUGGAUGAAAUAUCUGACUUGAAGAUAAACACGAAUUCUGAGCAAUUGGUUGCUAACUCCAGUAAUAGUAAAACAAUAAAACGGAAAACUGGAGAUGGCGACAGUAAUCGCCUUACUAAAUCCGAAUUAACAGUAUUGGCAGCAACAUCAAACGUUAAUGGAAGGCAGUAUGUCCCCUUUUUGGCUGUCGAUUUGAAAGAACGUUUUGCCUAUCCGGUCCCAUUUACUGACAAGCAUGGUUUGCUGGCUUUAUCUGAUAAACAGGCAAAACGAUUAAAAAGUUGGAUGCGUCCAGACGAGUUUAUGCAGUCUCCAAAAGUAAUUGAUCGGAUUGAUAGUGGUACUAUUAAACAGUCAAUAGUUUCCGAUUGCUCUUUCGUAGCUUCAUUAGCCAUAUCAGCUCGAUAUGAAAGCCGUUUCAAGAAGCCACUGGUGACAAGUAUAAUAUAUCCUCAGAGUAAAUCCGGCAUGCCGUUGUAUAAUCCUUGUGGAAAAUAUAUGAUCAAAAUGCAUUUCAACGGUGUUUGGAGAAAGGUCGUAAUCGAUGAUCGAUUUCCCAUUGGAGAAUGCGGUGAUUUCCUAUGCUCCUAUAGUCAACAAAAGAAUGAAUUAUGGGUUUCGUUACUGGAAAAGGCUUACAUGAAGGUGAUGGGUGGGUACGAUUUUCCAGGCUCAAAUUCGAGCAUUGAUAUGCAUGCAUUAACGGGUUGGAUACCUGAAAGAAUAAGUGUUAAAGCGGACUGGUCUAGUAGCGAUGCUGGCGCUGUAUUUGAAAAACUUUUUACGAGAUAUCACCAGGGGCAUUGCCUGAUUACGCUGGCAACUGGUAAAAUGGAUCAACUUACGAUUGAUCGAACUGGCCUAGUUGACGCACACGCAUAUGCCGUAUUAGAUCUGAGAAAAAUUGAAGGCAAACAGUUGUUGAUGUUGAAAAAUCCUUGGACACAUUUACGCUGGAAAGGACGCUACUCUGAAAAGGAUAAACUCAGCUGGACACCGCAGCUUUGCAAAGCGUUGAAUUAUAAUCCUGCCGACGCACAGCAAUUCGAUGAUGGUGUGUUUUGGAUCGAUUUUAAAUCGGUAUGUCAUUUCUUCGACGUAUUUUACGUAAAUUGGGAUCCUUCGAUAUUUCCAUACACUUAUGGAUUACAUGCGAUGUGGUCAGCAGGCUUGGGACCAAUAAAAGAUUUGUAUAGUAUAGGAGAAAAUCCUCAAUACACAUUGGAAGUAAAUAGUAAUGGCUCCACUGCAGUAUGGAUAUUGCUUACACGUCAUAUAACAGAUAAAAAUGAUUUUGCUAACAACAAAGAAUAUAUCACAAUAAUGGUAUACAAAUCAGGGAGGAAAAUCUACAUACCAUCCGAUCCAAAGCCAAUCAUGGAUGCAGUGCGAUUGAAUAGCCCUCACUAUUUAUGCCAAAUGAUCAUUUCUGAAUGUGGUUAUCAAAAAUACACUCUAGUUGUUGCUCAGUAUGAAAAGAUGAAGACAAUUUAUUAUACUUUACGAGUAUAUUCUACAGCUGAAUUCCACCUGCGCAAAGUGAAAGUGCCUUAUGUUUCGAAGAAAAAGGAAACUGGCCAAUGGAAAGGAAAAACGGCUGGUGGUUGUGGUAAUGGCCCAAGUCGAGAAACUUAUAUGAACAAUCCAAUAUAUCAACUGAGUUUGGAUGAUGGUAGUGAUGACAAUGAUGUACUUGUUGAAUUGAAAGGUCCGAAACAGUACAGUAUUGGUUUCGAAAUUAAACAGCUUUCUUCGUUAAGGAAUAAAGCAUUUGAAAGACGAAGUUCAGGUGCAUUCAGACCGGGAUACACCGUACUUGCUCUGGAAGGGGUACCGGCAGGUGUCUACAAUAUUCAACCAAUGACAUUCCAACAAGGCGAAGAAGGACCUUUUUUCUUAAUAGUUGAAGCAUCCUGUUCUUUUACAAUCAAACGAAUGCAGUAACGAUUUCAUGAAAAUAUUGGCUUUGCAAGUUCAUCUAAUUUUUUUAAAGGUUAUACUUUGCAUACUAAUACAUGCUGUAUAGGGAA